CAGCUGCUAUAUUCCAUCCAAGUGUAGAGGAAGUGAUUCUCAUACAUAAUAUUUAUGAAGGACUUUGGGAUCUUUUGAGAUUAAUACUGCUUUGUAAAUGUAAGAUGUGGUUAUUAACUUAAGUCUAAAAUAGUGCCAAAUCAUCUAUUUAAGUUUUCAAAUGUUUUGCCAUUGAAACAAUCUGUUUUGCCCUUAUGGUUGGGGGGAAGAGGGCGGGCUUUAUCUUGAUUAUAUUCCUGAGCCUUGCAUGUGUUACGAACAACAAAAUACUUUGUCACUCAAACCACUAUGGUCCCCAUAUUUAGCUACUUUACGUUUGGUGAUCCUGGCUUUACUAAGAUAAAUUGACUAGUUCACCUAGUCAAGCUAGCAAGGAUAAUCCCAGAGGAACCGAAAGCACUGUCUUUAAUGCCUACUGUGUGAUUUAAAUAAUAAUAAUAAUAAAAAAAAAUCUUCUAUUGUGUCAGUAUGCUGUGUCAGAAGUAAAACACAUUGGAAAGAGAAAUUUUAACUACUUGUACACUUUAGAGGAUUCUAAAUUAACUUUGUUAACUCAAGAAAGGUACCUGGACAUUGCUCUGGGCAGCCCAAUGAAGACCUUGACUCAAUGUGCAGCUUUGGUCCAGAAAGCUAAGAUGUUAGGAUGCCUAAGGAACAGGAUGGAGAAUAAUAUGGAAAAUACGAUGCCAUUAUACAAAAUAUUAUCCAAUGCUAUUAUAGGAAAAUACAAUGCUGAAGCCUCACCUAGAAUAUUAUGUGCAAUACUGGUUACCUAAUCUCAAAUGGGAUAUUGCAGAAUUGGAACAGGUCCAGAGAAGGAUAACACAUGAUUAGAGGCAUGAGGAAAAACUCAUUUAAAGAGAGACUAAAAAGGUUGGGUUUGUUUACUUUAGACAGGAGACAAGUAAGAGGGGAUAUGAUAAAAAUAUGUCAAAGGUAGAUCCAGAGUUUCUGUUCUCCCUGUCAUGACACACAACAAGGGGAUGUUUUAAUGAAAUGAAAAGAUGGAAGAUGCAAAAUUUAUAGAAGGAAAUAUUUUUUUCACACAUUAUUGAGCCGUGGAAGUCAUUGCCAGAGGAUACUGUAGAGGCCAAAUACUUAGUAAGAUUGUAAACAAGGAUUUUAAGAGGCAAAGUAGCUGCUUAAAAGAAGAAAUCUUUGCCUGCCUUUCAAACAGAAGAAGUGACUUCAUGUAUGUGAAAUUUGUGUUUGUAUGUAUGCUAAGCCACGGUAUCCGGUUCCAAUCGUUAUUUUAGUAAUUUUGAGUUUUCAGACAUAGUUGCUUACAAUUAGGCACUGCUCAACUUGAGGCUCCUCCUUGAAAAUGUUGUUCUUAACAUAAUAUGCACAACUUUAUUUGAAUAAACUUUGCUUGACAUGCAGAGCUCUCUUUGAAGAUACAUGGCUGGUACUACUCCAUACCCUCAGAAGCUGGAUAUUUGGUUUAUAAGUACUGAUAUGUUCCUGCUGAUCACUUCCCACCUGAAGUCCUAAUCUGUAGUGGCAUCAAAAUUGGUUGCUACGGCAUCAAGUGACAUGGAGAAAAUGUGUUUAAGAUGGUCCAUCCAGAAGAUUUGUUACUUUGUGAAGAUCUUGCUUUUGACUAAUAUGUAAAUACCAUGACAACUUCAAAUUGAAUUAUUUUUCUUGAAAUCGACACUCAUCUGUUGCCUUCAUCAGAAAUGUUUUUAACAUUUUCAAGAAAAAACAUGUCCCAGAAACUGAGUUUGUUGUUGCUGGUGUUUGGAUUUAUUUGGGGCUUGAUGUUGCUGCGCUAUACUUUUCAGCAUCCAAGGCACCAAAGCAGUGCUGAAUUGCGUGAACAGAUACUAGACUUAAGUAAAAGAUAUGUGAAAGCCCUGGCAGAAGAAAAUAAGAACAUAAUGAACGGUGGUAAUGGAGCCUCAAUGGCAGGAUAUGCUGAUCUCAAAAGAACAAUUGCUGUUCUUCUGGAUGACAUCUUACAACGUCUGGUGAAAUUGGAAAACAAAGUUGACUACAUUGUUGUGAAUGGCUCAGCAACAAAUACCACCAAUGGAACCAGUGGUAAUCUGGUGCCAGUAACUACAAGUAAACGUGUAAAUGCAGCAAGCAAUAUUAGAUAACAUACAAGAUCACCUUAUGUUACUUUAUCAUAGAUUCGAUUUGAUUCAAGAAAAGCUUUUUACCUCUGGCUAGGCAAAGCAAUAGUUGACACUAACAUAUCGUACACUGUUCUGCUAUAGAAUGUGCUGGGUACAUGCAGUCCCAACUUCUGUACAUAAGGUUCUCAAAGGAUUAAUUUGUUGCUUUCAGACAGUUCUGUUAAAGCAGUGCUGUACAAUAUUGUAUUUAAAGAUAUUCUGGUAACUUGGUUGAUGUAGUAUGCCAAAUGGGUGAUACUUUGUAAUGUUUGAAGUUAAACUAAAAUGGAAAAAUAUAUAUUCACUUCUAAAAUAUAUUUAUUUAAAUAAAAAUUUAACAUAUCUUUUUGGAUAGAUUGAUUAUAUAGCUUAAUCAUUUUUUGUGUGAUCUGUUUUAAACAGGUAACUAAGGAUAAUGUAAUGUUAGAAGAUGUAUAUUAUUUACAGUAUUUUGUUACUUAUUAAUUUGCUAGUGAUAUGUUGAAGAUAACAUUGAGAUGUUUUAAAAAUUGCAACCCAAAGAAUGUCUUUAUUUGCACUACCUGCUAGAAUAGCUAGAGAGAAUUGAUUGUAUAUUAAAAAAAAAUCAAUUGUAAUGAAAAUCUUGGGUAGCAACACUGUCCAGAUAUCUUUGCUCCAGAAAUAGAUCAGUUAGAUUAUCAAAGGCAAAACAAUCUCUGAUAUCAUGCAUAGCUAUUUCAUAGAAAGAUAUUUGUAUGUGUAUUUUGUAACUUCAGAUAAGUUAUUUAAGAGAUGGAAGUCAGUUUUCAGAUAUGUGAAUAUUUUUAUUCAUUGCUGUUUCUUUUUAAUAUUUUAGUAUCUUGUAGUGUGUGAAAAAUAUAGCACAUUAUCUCCUUAAGUUACUUUUUUAAAUAGGAGGGAGUAGGUAAAUUAAGUUGAAGGGAAGCAGUGCAUCUUGGAAUAUGUACUAAAGAGAUGCAUGUGCUAAUGGUGUUUUAUGAGGGACGUAGGUGGAAGCUAAGGUUACAUUGCCUUAUAUCCACGUUAGCCUUACAGCAAUGAAAAUUGCAGUGAGGGUGCACUAUAUUCCAAAAUGUGCUUUCUGCAUCAUAAAUGCUAAAAUGAAAGUGCCAUUCAGCCCUAUGUUUUUUAAAAACUAUAUUGAGUGGUGGUUGUGGGGUUUUUUUUGUUUGUUUUUUGUUUUUUUUUAGAAUUAUGUUCAGUAAUUUUUGCUUGAAAUAUGCUGUGUAAUAGCUUUUUAAUAUUUUAUUAAAAAAAAAUGGAAUAAGACCAGAAGUGCUGGAUGACAUAUGGUCUCAAGGUUUUCUGCCUUUCUCCCUGAUGAUAGUCUGGACUGGUCUAGAGGAAAGUAGAAUAUAUAAAUAAAACUUGAGUUAGUGUCCAACUUUUUUUAUUUUGUGUUUGACAU